UGUGCCACACUACGUGAGUGUAUCAGAUGUGUUUACAGGGACACCGUAUAUACGACACCUAGUGGUGUGUAGUUUGUUAAAAUUGUACUCUACACAUAACAGGAGUCGGCCACUAACGUAAACAAAUCAGAGGAUGUCAGGAACCUACAACACAAACAUGACUCCCGCUGAAUUGAUGACAGGAUCUGAUAUCGUUGACAUUGACCUCAAUGCGUCCGUUUCCAUUGACGACCUGAACCACGAGGAGGUGAUGGAGAGGAUUGGCGCGAUCAUAUUCGUUGGAUUCCUGUCCCUUGUUGGAAUUGUGGGAAAUCUACACGUGUUGUAUAUAUAUGGAACGAAAUUUAAGAGGACUAAUCAAAGGAUUUUUAUUUUAUUUCUCGGCUACCUGGACCUGUUUACAUGUUUAGUGGGAAUGCCUUUCAUCAUCUCAGAUUUACUUCUGCCACUUAAAUUUACAUCAGGCAUUGCAUGCAAAGUACUACGAUGUACAAACUAUUUCACUGGCGGAAGUUCAGCCUUUCUCCUUGUGGUCAUAGCUGUGGAGCGCUAUAGGAAAAUUUGUCAUCCUCUGGAAUCGCAGAUGACGAUAAAAGGUGCUAAAGUAACAAGCUUUUUGGCCCUACUUUUAGCACUUUUCUUGUCAUGGCCGGCAGCCAUUUUGUAUGGCUUCAGUACGAUUGACACCGGCUAUCCCAACAUAACAGGGGCGGCCUGCUACGUUGAUGACGCGUUCAUCAAGACAAAAUAUACUACAUUCUACAAUGCUGUCAUCGUUCUUAUCAUUAUCAUCGCCAAUAUCGUUCUCAUCGUAUUGUAUAUUAAGGUAGUACGUCGAAUCUACCAGCAGAAGGCGUUUAGAUCGGAAAACAAGUCACACUUCUCUAGGGCAAGAAAAAAGAGUUUCGAACCUGGCCAAACAUGUAAGGUGGUAACGAACUCUGAAUUCCAAUUCUGUAGCAUGGAUAUGUUGAAGGCCAGUCAGGAGGAUAUGACAACCUGUAGCGGUCUGGACGAAUCAAUGGAUGGCCUGGACGACAGCUCUGAGAACAGCAAACAUGGUAACAAGCUCACCAAACCUGGAAACAGGAAGAAAAGCAAAAAGGUGAGCCAUAGAAGCGCCCGAGUGACCAUGAUGUUAUUCGUUAUAACUGUGGUGUACUUUGUAAGCUUUCUGCCACACUUGGUAUUAAAGAUCCUCGCCGACGCCAAAAAAGACUUCUUACCUAAUUUAGACUUUACAGGAACAUUUCUGUAUUAUGUAUUUCUAUAUUCCAUUUUUAUCAACAAUAUGGCCAAUCCUAUUAUAUAUGGUUUUUGUGAUUCGAAAUUCAUGGAACAUAUCCGGACGAUAUAUCAGCGACCCUGUCUGAGUGACAGGAAAUAGACAUGAAAUCCAGAAAGGACAUGUUAUCACGUUGAUAACACGAACCAAGCAUAAUAUACUUGGAUUCCAUAUCCGUAGUCUUCAACUUAUGUUUUGACGUCUACUAUGCAGGUAAUUAUAAAGUGUGCAUGUUAUGCAACGGUGAAUCAACCAACGAAUUGCUAUGCGCAGUAAUAGAACUGUAACCGCAACCUGCAACACGCCAUUUACUAUAGUGCUUUACGAUUUGUGUGCGGUAACGACAUACAAGAAAGUUACAAUCAAGAUUAUUCCAUUGUCUGUUUUCUGUUAUAAAGUUAUAUGUUAAAAAUUAAAAGUACAAAAUUA